GGUAUUAGUUCCGGGCAAUAUGGCGGAUUGCUAAGGGAAGAGGAAAAGAAAAGUUUACCGGCAUGAUUCCUCUCACCUUAAUCAACUUAAGACGAAGGAUGUUGUACAUGAAACAUAAAUUCUACAGGCUUGAUAACGUAUGGCGGAUUAUAAUCAUCGCUUUGCUUCUAAUGUUUUUAUGGAUUUGGGGUAAGAUUGUUGGAAAUAAGCUUAUUGAACUUUAGCCUGUCAGUCACUGAGAGGCUUGGCCUGUUUUAUCCUCGGUGUAAGACCCUGUUAAACUCAUGGUUGACGUAAAACAAAGGAAACAAAGAAGUCAUCACAAUAAAACCUAGGAAAACAAAGGGUGCGAAACAAAGAAAAAGUUCACAAGUUUUUACACUGAGGAAAACCGAUUAAAACUAGGUAUUUUCAAAUGAGAAAAAAAGUAGCUGUUUUAUACUUGUGGAAACAUGUGGUUUAAGCAAAUAAGAAACCUCUUUAGAUUGUAUGUUAUGUUUUCUCAAUACAGGUCAUGUGAUUUAUAAUACUCUACAGUAUGUGGGGAAGUGUUUUUUUUUCCAAUUUUGUCUUAUUUACGUGCAUACCUACGCAUGAAUAGAAAUUGGGUCAAAUUUCCCUGGGACCUCUAUUGGGAAAACAAAACAUACAAGUUAAAGAGGUUUAUUUAAUACAUCGAUCUCACCUUUUGUCCACAGUGUGGAAUUCAUCCCGGAUGGAGAGAAGAGCACCUUAUGUGAUUCCUAAAUCAAUACAACAGCAUUUAACACAUUACUGCAACUUUCCAGUGCGGACAUCGGGUGCAGAGGGAUCAUUAAGCUUAGAAGACCUGGAGCAUUCGAAGCGUUUUAGAUUAGAAAUGGUCCAUGUACUAAUUCGCCAUGGAGAUAGGUCUCCAGCCAAGGAUAUAGCCAACAUGGAUCACAAAAAUUAUGAUUAUGAUUGUACAUUUAAGACAGCAGAUCGUGAUCACAAACAAAUGUUCGAAGAGUUCAAGCAAACAUCAAUGUAUUUCAAACUUCGCGAGUUUGUCAAGGGUGUGAGAACUAGUCAAUCUCUCGUCCCAUCAGGGAAAAAAUGUGAAAUUGGACAGCUGACUCAGAGAGGAUUUCUUCAACACUUUGAAAUUGGAAAACACAUGCGCGAAGUAUAUCACGACUUUUUAGGUGAUGAUAUUACAGGUGGCAAUCUUCUUUUGCGAUCAACGGAAAGGACAAGAUGCAUUCAAAGUGCUGCAGCUUUCCUUUUUGGACUUUUAACAAAAGACACUAUAAUGAGAGGUAAUCAAAAAAUAAUACAACCUCUUGAAAUAUAAAAUCUGGAGUCCACUCACUCUCUGUUUUGCAGUGCCCCAUCCCCAUAUCAAAACCUCCCUUGCCGUCCCGAGGUCUUAUUAUUCCGCAUGUUACGUGUCAGAUAUUUCACUGAAAUGCAUUGACUGAGAAGGCCUGGAAAGACACUAUCAGGCAGGUAGCCCAACUCUUCCUUUCGGGCAACUAGAAAAUCUUUGUUUUUUUCAUACAAAUCAAAUGCUGUGUACUCUAGAUUUUUCAGAUUCAGAGCACUGGGGUUCCCUUAAUGGUGAUGAAAGAUUCACAUAAAUGCCACCAGAAACAACUGUUCUAUGAACAGCAACUGUGAAAUAAAAUUGGAAGAAAAAAUUUUUUUGCAUUUUUGGGGAUUGUAGGCCUAGAUUUAAAACUAAAACAUAGCAGAGCUUAAGAGAUUAUUUCUUGCCCUCAAAAGCUGCAAUCAAGCUUGAAGGUGUGGAUGGGGAUGUCAAGGGAGGCCUCGUCCAUUUUCUAUCCCUCACCCCACCCCCUAGUGUCCAGAGUGUUUGCUUGAAGGCAUAUUAUACGCGCAGAUCCACACUGGUUUCUGCCGUUUUAUGGAAAUCGGUCAGAGUUUUCAUACGAAAUAAAUUUUAAAUAUAAAAAAACUCUAUAGUUGAAAUCAAGAGAUGAAAUAAUCCGCCAAUUUGCAAAGCUCUAUCCGAGGAGAAUGGAAUUGGCCAAUAUCAUGUCUGAGUGAUUCAGAACUCCCAGAAUUUCCUGGGGGAGCAUGCCCCCCAACCCCCCUAGAACCUUGUGCUUUUGACACUCGUUCAGGAAAUCUGUUAGUAUUUAUCCCAGAUCCGCACAUGUAUUUGUAAAUGAGUGCUUUAAAUAUACAGUGUAGUGAUUAUAACCAACCUCCCUUGUUUUAAGCUAGUUUUUCCUUCCAUAAAGGUCAAAAUUCUAAGAUUUGACCGUUGACAGUUCUGGUUUCUUUGUGAUAUAGAGGGAAUAGCCAUUAACCUGACUUCAGAUAUUUGGCUGCGAGAGGAUGACCAUGGUGUACCCUACAAGUGUCCAUCAUUUUACCAACGUUGGGCAGAAUAUAAACAGCGCCAAGAAUAUAUCACAGGGGCAGCAGAAAUGGAACCAUUCAUGCAGAAGUAUUCUCAAAUACUAGGAACUUCAAGAUCAUCUAUAACAACUGUGAUAUUGUACGUAAAUUGUGUUUCUUUGUGUUGUUUAUAGGAACACCUUUGCCCUUUUCCAUCGUCACAAAUGUCACUGCCAAGAUACUCUUCAACAUUUUAUUAUAAGUAAUAGAAUCUCUCGUAAAAUGACAAAUUCCCUUAAAUUGUUCCUUUUUGUAAAAAAAUAUUUAAAACAGGAAUACACCCCUCAUUACCGAAUAAAACCAAAAGUGUGAUCCUUACAGCCAGUGACUUUUUCUGGUACAUUGUUCAAAAUUUAGUGUGAUGAUAAUACAGUACCACUGGAAACACAGGUGAAUGGAACUUUCUACUAACUUAUUUUUUUUUACUUUCCCUUCGGUUGAAUUUUUUAUGAAUUUAAGCCAAUCAGUUUACCUCAAACAAUUUUUUUUGUUUCCCUUGGGAGUUAGAAUUAGUGGGGUCUGCUAUUAGUUUUGCAAUAUUAUUGAUUUGCAAGAUCAUGUAAAAGUGAAAUAAAUAUUAGAGGGAUUAAAAUUCAUGUUUACGCCAAACGUUAAAUGUUGAGGAUUUCUAAGAAUAGAAAAUAAGCAGAUAAAAACUGUCCUGAACAAUUCUUAUUUAUAAAACUGGUGUGAAACUACUUAUUUUUUAGUUGAAGUAAUAAACAGUUAACGACAAUUGAGGGAAAAACUUGGUCACAUGGUACAAAUUCACGUUUUCCAUUUGGCGUAAACGUGAAUCUUAAUCUCUCUAGUAUAAAUCAAGAUUUCCUUAAUUGUAUGUUAACUGACACCAAAACAAUAGUUACUAUUUUUAAGUAGUAACAAUUGUUUUAGUAAAUUAAUUAAUAAAAUAAUUUAUUCAAUUUAUUUAAUUUUAAUUUAUUUUUAUUACAUAUUUAUUGCAUAUUUAAUUUAAUCAUUUCAUUCUUCCAGCCUGACUGAUGCAAUUUUAACUCGAUACUGCUACAAACACCCCCUCCCCUGUGGACCCGGGGGCUGUGUGACACAGGAGAUGGCAGCUGAUGGAAUCAACUUUGGAAGUUGGGCAUUUGCUGAGAAUUUCACUGCAAUAGCUGACGUUGCCACCCACCCCAUGUUGAUUCAGAUGGCAAAGAGGAUGAUUGACAAGUCUCGUGAUAAAACCAAACUCAAGUUUAUACUUUAUAGUGCCCACGACAGUACUGUGACACCACUUCUACUAAAUCUGGGUGUUCAUGAUCGGAAUAAGUGGACGCCUUAUGCUACCAGAGUGGUCAUUGAACUCUGGAGAGACACGACAUCAUCAGCGUCAUCUGAAGAUUCUAUAGAAUCCUUGUACUUUAGAGUUUUGGUUAAUGGCAAAGCUGUCACUAGUAAGAUGAAGUUCUGUGGAGAAGCUUUGUUUAAGGGUGAACUUUGUCCUGUUAGGGAACUUAUUACUUGGCUCUCAGCAGGUAAAGGGGUGAAAGGAAUGGAUGAAAAUUAUCAGUCACUUUGUAAUACAUGAAUAGGAGUCUUUCUUGGUGACUUCAUUGCAACAAAAUUUCCUCAUGUAGCUAGAAAAAUGCAGACAGUAUUCAAGAAUGACGAGACCAAAAAAAGGAUUUUUAAAUCCUCCAAUUGUUAAAUCAGUGGAGGAUUGUGUAAGUCUUAUACUAGUGGUAGCAUAUGUUACUGUUCAAUAAAAGUUGUUGGAAAGCAAUAAGGGAAAUUUCAUGAAAAAAUUAAUUUCCAAGGUCAGCCACGAAGCGCGAAUCUUCUGUCAUAAAUUGAAAAGGUAAAACAUUUGCGAGGUUUACACAUUUCUAUGGCACUGACAACCAAGAAGUUAUGAUUAGGGGAUUUACAGCUGCAACAACCUUGUGGUUUUGUCACACAGGCCUUAGUUCUUAAAAUCCAACACUGUUAUUUGAAAUAGCUGUAUAUUUUGAUUAUAGUCCACCCUCUCUUUAUAAGUGACAGCUGUUCAAGAUGGAUGCCUGCCAAACCUAAACUGGAUAUUUUGAGUUGUUUGCUCUUGCUUUCAGUCAUUUGCUUUGACUCUAAGGCCGACACCUCAUUGCUAGCACCACAAAUUUAGAAAUUUGGUAUUUACUAUAUCUUGAAAUAAAACCUUUCAUGGGCUACACUCUAAUGAAUUUAUCGCAAGUCUUUGGCUUAUCUUAACAUGCAGUCGAGUGUAUUUUAUUAAUAUUAACUAUUUAUAUAGAUGCAUUUUUCACUUCUUCCUGUUAACUUAUAAGCAACCUAUUGACUUCCACCAAUAAAAGUAGUACAGACAGACAGGAAUUGUCAUUACCUUGUACAAAAGUUUUUUUUAGGCAAGAAACUUAUUUUAUGGUUGCUAAAAUAGUUUCCUUACCAAUUUAAGCAUUUUAAUCUUUGAGUGCUGCAUUCAAAGACACACAAACAAACCAGACAAGAAGUAGAAUAAUAUUGGAAUAGUCAGCCUUUAAGUGAGACAGGACAAGGAAAAUAGUAAGAGAAGCAC